AUGGUACGGAAGCGGACAAGCAAAGGGAAGGAACAGAAACGCAAACCAAAGCCUCUCAGGAAGUCCGAUGGGCAACUGACAAGAUGGAAUACCGCAGAAGACAUCCCUAUGGAUGAAGAGGACCAAUUUCACGCCUCGAGAGAUAAAAUUCUACUCGAAGGGGUCGGUCCUGGAGGAUACUCUGAUGACGGAGAUGAAGACGAAGUCUUUGCGUUGAAGGGUAUGGACGACGAAUCUGAAGACGAGGAGGAGGUAUAUGGCUAUGGAGAGCACGAGGAAGACGAGGAGGCGAAGAAUAAAACUAAGAAAUCGAAGAAAGCUCAAAAAUCAGAAGGAAAGGGAAAGAAAUCAUCGGACGACGAGCAAGAAUCAGAGGAGGAAGAAAGCUGGGGGAAAGGAAGAGGGUCCUAUUACUCCUCCAACGCCGACCAGUUGGAGUCCGACGAUGAGGAAGGGAACGAGCUUGAAGAGAAAGAGGCGACGAGACUGCAAGCGAAGAUGCGAGAGGAAAUGGAGGAUGAAGACUUCGGUCUGAACGACAGUGUUGAAAUUGAAGGAAAUCCGGAUUCCGAUGAUAUUUUCGAUCCCACGCCCUCUAUCAUCUCCUCCCUACCUUCAGAUAAAAAGUCUCUAUUGAGGCAUUUAGAACGGACAGACCCUCUACCACUAGCGCUGGCUCGAGACUGGGAUGAAACAGCUCGUACUCUACAAAAAACGCGAGAAAGAAUAGCAAUGUCAGAAGCACACAAGCGCGAUGCUCUCAGUCUCGGGAUGAUACACCUCCACUAUCAAGCGUUAUUGUCUUACAGCACCAUGCUCGCCUUCUACCUUCACAUGCGGUCCAGUCCCAAAUAUUCCCAACGCCCGGCACUCCUUCAGUCGCACCCCAUCCUACAGCGCCUCCUAACGUUGAAGCAAUCUAUCCAAACCUUAGAAGAACUGGACUUCGAGAUUUCGGAUGACGACGAAGACGAAGACGAGAAUAUGGACACGGCCAUGGGCGACAUUUUGGCAGACGGCGAAAGCGUUUGGAAUAUCAACGCCGAAGACAGCCUAGAACCCAAUGAACUUGACGAACUGUUGAACGACGCGCAGAGAUCUGUGGAAGCAGAACCCGCAAAACUCCACAAGCCGCCAAAUAAGAAACGGAAGGUUGCGAAAGAUGAAGUGAAAACGACUACAAAGCUUGUUUUCGAUCUCGUCGAGCCCGAAUUUGUAUCUUCAAAGCCAGCGUCGCGUCGUGACGUCGUCUCUGACACACUAGAUGCCUACGGUGACGCAGUCACUCUCUCCACUGUCGAUUCAGCAGACAAGAAUGCCCGCAAGAAGUCCCUACGUUUCCACACCUCCAAGAUUGAAAGUGCCAGCGCUCGACGGCAAGGUGCCAGGAACCAGGCUGCGGGUGGCGACGAUGACAUCCCCUACCGUGAACGGAAGAAGGAGAAAGAAUCGAGAUUGGUCAAGGAGGCUGCCAUUCGGGCCAAGAACGAAAUUGGUGAAGCGCUCAACGAUGAUGAACCCGAGCCUCAUGCUGGGGAAAAACGGUCGAGGGAUGAGGAUGAAGAAGCGGAGAGCCCUGAUGAAUAUUACGAGCUUGUCAAGAAACGCUCCAAAGAAAAGAGAGCAAAGAAGAAAGCGGAGUAUGAUGAAGUUCAUGGUAUUUCUCGUGUUCCCUUGGAGGAAGAUGGAUCAGGACCACGCUCCGUUACUCGUGCCAUUCUCUCAAACAAAGGUCUUACACCGCAUCGACCAAAAAGCGUCCGCAAUCCGAGAGUCAAGAAGAGACAGAAGUUCGAAAAGGCAAAAAGGAAGCUGUCCUCGCAAAAGGCAGUAUACAAGGGCGGACUGUCAGAAACAGGAGGGAGAUACGAUGGGGAACGAUCAGGUAUCUCGAGAGUCGUCAAAAGUGUCCGGCUGGGUUAG